AUGAAAUCAGGGAGAAACAGCCACACAGAGAAAGAGGCGUUAGGGCGGCAAAUGGAGAAGAGCACAAAACACAGGAAACGGAAAAGUAACAAUACAGACGCGGUACUGUUAGAACAUCAUGGAGUGGUUGAUAUCUCAAGGGGAGACAAGGCCGUCUUGGCGAGCGGGGUGGAGGACCUGGGCAAAGGAGGAAGAGAGAACAAGAGGAUGGAAAAAAGAGGAAUGAUGAAAAAUACGGAAAAAAAGGACAGAACCGAUCACGAUAGCCCGCGCAGAAGCCAAAGCGCUAUCAACUUGGGUUCAUCGGUCAUGAUGGCGGCCCACUCCAAAAAGAACGACAGUGAGGUAAGUAGCCAGGUUAGUAGCGAAGUAAGUAGCCACGUUAGCAGUGAAGUUAGAAAGAUUACCCCCGAGGGUUAUGGGUAUGACCUUGGAAUCGAUAACGACGUGGAGAACGAAAUGGACGACGAGUACGACGAUGACAUGAAUAGUCAGAUGGGCGAAUCGCAGGAAUAUGAAAAUGUACUGGGGGAAAACAACAUAAAAGGGAAAAGGACCAUAAAGAAGAACCUGAGGGAGAAUUCUGGCUACACAGAAACUGAGGUGUCCUACGUAAGCGAAAUGAGCAAGAGCAAAUUGGACGGGAAGAAUGAUUGCUGUUGUUGUUUCGCCAGAAGAAGGAAAAAGUACACUAGCGUAGAUGUUCACAACUACGGGGAUGUGCACAACUGCGGCGAGAUGAACCAUUGCGGGUGUGCAAAUAAUGGGCACAUCAUAACCUGCGAGCUAGGAAAUCAAAGCCAAAAGAGGAUUAAAAACCCAAGCAGUGAACUGAAAAACAUGGAUUGGUUAAUCUACACAAUAAGGUACAUGGAUUAUAGACGCCUGCGAAGAAGGUUCAACGGAAUAAGGAAACCAAUUUCAAAAAAAAUUGUUUUCAUUAUAACAAUUUUUUGUUUAAUCCUCAUAUCGUGGAAAUAUUUCAAAACAUCUUAUGAGAACAGCAUGCUUACAAUUAGCUUCAAAAUUCAGACAUCAUUUUUAUUUUUUGUAGAGGCUGCAUUGGUAAUUAUCGGAGUUAUUAUUUUUGCAAAGUUUCAAACCAGGCUGAGCUUACACUGGCCUAUUUACGCUUCCUACAUAUUCAUAAUAUGUGCAUCCAUUUUGCUAAUAUUUUAUGAGAAAGACAAAUAUAAUAAGAUUUCCAGAGGGGAACACAUUUUAAUGAUCUAUGGACUAGUUCAGUUGUCCCUAAUAAUUAUAGUGAAGGUUAUUAUUUGCAUUGGUCCUCUUCUGGCUAUAUAUGGUUUUUUCUGUCCAUGUACAGAACACUGUCGUAUUUUAAAGAAGAAAGUAUCGACGAAUAAAUUAAAUAUAACCGUAAGUCGCUACAACGAUUUCGCAGGAAUGUGUGGAAAUAACUUUUGCUGCUUUUGUCUCUGUGCUUAUCGAUCCUUCUAUCGUAUUGUAAACUGUUUUUAUAAGAAAUUUUCCAAUUUACGUUUCAAAAUGGCAAAUGAUAGUAUCAAUGAGGCCCCUUUUAGUCACCAGUUAAGGUAUAAGGGGAAGACUGAUAUAUAUGGUCGACCUCAUGGGUACGGAGAAUGGAUUGAAGAUCAUUCAUAUGGAGAGAAGUUAAGGGGGUUCUGGUUCCAUGGAUACCCAGUAGGCCCUUUUAUAUCACAGGAAGUUGGAAGUGGAUCUCUAUUUGUUAAUACAAGAGUUGGGUUCGCUGCCUGUGUAGGAAAAGAUUGGUCAGAUGUAAGAUAUGGUGUUUCCUGUACGGAGUGCUCCAUCAGUGGCCACUUUUUCAAUGACUUUCCAUUGACUUACUUUUUCAAUCCAAAAAUUAAGAAAGAUGCCAAUGGAAGGUUGCCAAACAAUAGGUAUGAUAUAAUUGUAAAGGAUAUUUUAAAAGAAAGUUAUGAAGACAUAUUAGGUUACGAUUUAAAGUGGUGUUUUAAUAUGCUAAAAGUUAAUAGCAGCACCACAACGGAGUAUUUUUCCAACAAUUGCAUGAUUUCUAUUGACCAUGUGACUAUGAGCUUGAAGGUUCACAAUUACAAACGGUUGGGACCUGUCAAGGGGAAGAGCAAUAAUAUCCUGGACGAAAUUACCGUCAAAUUGGUACACCUCCCGAAGGUAAAAAAGGGGAAAAGAAUUUACAAAAAGAAUUGUCCCUAUCGGUUUAGCGGCAGUGGAAACAACAGUGUGCUUUAUGUCAGACCAGAAAAACACGAUGAACAGGUGAAGGGCCAACAAGGUGAAGAAUUUUUUUACUCCAAUCAGAACAAAGUUCAUAACAAUAUUAAAAAGCUAAGUACACAUGGAAAUCAGAAUUAUGCGAAUGACCUCAAGGGAGACAACUACCAUUCUUACUACACCCAUAGGAUUUCAGACAAACUGCUAGACUCUGUGAAUGAUGAUAUUUAUUUGUACAAAAUGAACAAGUCCAUCAAAUCGACAGAAAUUCACAAGGCUCCGUAUGUGUUCGAUCACAGUGGGAACAGUACUAGUCCUGAUGAAAACGAGAAAAGGGGUGUAGACCGAAUCGAUCGAUCCAGAAAAUAUUGUUCUGUUUCCACCCAUCCGAGCAACCAUUAUGGCGGAAAGGAAAAAUAUCGUAAUCGGCACAUUGAUAGAGACAGCGACAGUUGCAACUCCCCCGAAGUUCAUUUCGGAAGAAGAGAUGAACAAACAAAUGAUCCUCCAAACGGGGGAGAGAAGAAGCGUAGAAUGGAUAAAUCAACCGAUAAAACUUGUCAUAUUCCUCCGCAUGUCAACCUCUUCACGGAGGAUAGCACUGUCAUAAAUAACUCCUCCUUUUGCCGAAAGGAUGACAUGUUUGUUGUUAAUAUAAAUGGAUUCGGAAGUGACAGGCGGCGCAGUGGAAGAGGGAGCUCUCAUUCCUUAUUUGUUGGGACAUCGGGGAGAGGAACACUAAAGAAGGACAAAAGUAAGAAGCUGUGGAGGAGGAAACUGCUCCAUGCGGAAGAAAACGAAUAUAUGGAGGAUCUUUCCCUUUAUAGCGAACAGGAAAAGAACCACGAAGAGAAGGGCGAAGAGGAUGGUUUGCAGUGUAGGGAAAAAGAACUCCUCUGUGAGAACAUUUUGCGUGCGAAGUUUAGGGAAAACCCAGCGGUGGGGAUGGAAAAGGGAGGGAGCAAUGAAAAGAGGGGAAGGGUCAAUAGGUUGAGGCAAUCAAGUGAGGGACAGCAGAACAAAGCAGAUGUAGUGAAGGACCCCCUUUUGUACGCUGCUGUAAAUGAAGCCAAUCACGUGAAGCAAGGCCAAUCUGAGGGUAGUUAUUCCAGAAACCAAUUGGAAGGAGAAAAAAAGCAGAAGAAGAGAAACAAUGUUACCUUACCGAAUAUGGAGGAGAAUAAGUUUGAAUCAGACGAAAAGAAAAGAAUGGACUCCCCUAAGGGAAGAAAAAAUGAAGAACUGAAAUGGAAGGAAAAAACAAUUAGUCCAAAGGAUACAUCAAGUGGCACAUCAAAUUUUGCAGAAAACAAAGCGUUAUUCAUUUCGGACAUUUUUAAAUCUUUUAUAAAAUCGGGAGUAGGGAAAAAUUCAAAAAACAAAAAUGUGAAGAAUAACUCCAGUGAUGACAUAGAAAAUAGUGAACACCAAAAGUAUACAGACAGAAGGACAAAGAGUAAAAAAUCGAAAAGGAGUUAUUCAAAUGUAAAUAAAGGAAGGAAAGAAAUUUACAACAAGACAAUGAAAAAAGUAAGUUUACACAGAAUGAAAAAUUCAAAGAUUAAGGGAUUUGUAAAAAAAUACACGAGACAAUAUAAAAAGGGCUCUAUCUAUAUAACAUCCAAUAAUAAGAAAAUUGAUAAGUUCAUUCGAUCCAAGUAUAAGAACAAUGGCAGGAACACACAAAUAAUAAGCACGUUGGGAGAAACAGUAAAAAGUAUCAAUGAAUCGUUUGGAAGUUUGAAUGGUGCCAAUUUAUCAAGUUAUAACAUGAAGAGAAAUAAAACGAUAGCGCAGGUAUUCGCGGAGGAAGAUGAAUGGGAAAACUAUCGUCAUCAACAGAAGGAGAAAAUUAUUGUAGAAGGUUGGCAAUCAUUAUCUUUAAAACAAAAUUUAAAUUUUAUGCCAGAUGAAAUUGUUAUAUAUAUACAUGGAUAUAAUGUGAAGUUACAUCAUGGAUGCUCUCAGUUGGCUCAUUUGGUUUCUUUUUCCAAAUUGCCAUCCUAUAUCCAACCGUUCGUUUUUCACUGGGAAGGUUACAUGUGGGGUGCGCUUUCGGCUCUCUCCUACCCGGUAGCGAAGAAAAGAUCUGAAAUGGCUGUCUUGGGAAAUUCUUUCAAAAAAUUUAUACAGGAGCUUAUAAACUCAGGCAUUAAGAAUGUGCAUCUGAUAAGUCACUCGUGUGGAUCUAGGCUCUUUUUUAACGGGUUCGCUAGCUGCGUGCAGGAUGACCUCUUUUAUAACGUACUGAAGAAUGAGAAGUCGGCUGGGAAGAAGGGGGGUGCGGCUAACGACCGUGUUAUAGAUGAAGGCCACGUUAGCGAUGAUAACAACGUUAGCGAUGUUAACAGCGUUAGCGAUGUUAACAGCGUUAGCGAUGUUAAGAGCGUUAGCGGCGAUAAUGGACGUGGGAAGUGUCGCGUGGAUAUCAGUUCGAUCGGACGCCCGCCAGGCAACAAGCCAAAAAAAAAAAAGAAGAAACAAAUCAUAGUCAAAACUGUCAUUUUACUGAACCCAGAUUACCCUCUGGACAAAUUCCUAGAAAAGGAUUUCUUCGUUCUGAGAAGCCAUUGCAACCACAUUGUUAUGUAUGGAGACACGAGGGAUCAGGCUCUGACGUACUCCGAAACAUGGAAUCGAGAAAAGUGUCUGGGGAAGAGGAUUUUUAAGUUGAAGUUACCCCUGUACAAAAUAUACAAUUGCGAAGAUUACAUGAAUUUAAAUUUGGACCGAAGUAAUUUCCACACGGGGAAUUAUGAGGACAAGUACAAAAUGUGUGAUAACGUUUUGUUUCCAAAUUCGUCCUAUGUGGAGGAAAAAAUGAAGUUGAAACAGAGCGAGAGAAUGGGAGAGCAGUUUAACAGGGGUGAGAGGCAAUACCAGAGAGUAAAAGAAAAUGAGAGAGGAGAAAGUCAGACACAUAAUAAAUGUACGAAUACUAAUGCAAACGCCAGUGGAAAUGAUGAGCACAUCAAUAAAACCAUUCGUAAGACAUCAACAUAUGAUGAUGACGAAGGUGCAUCGUGUAUUUCUGAAGAUCUAGCGCAGAAUUACCUAAAUGAAAAUUUUCUUAAAACGGUAGAAUUCAGUGACUCCAGUUUAAGGGCCUUUACAUCCAAAAGGAGGUUUAAAAUAUCCAAGGUGUUUAAAAAAAUAAAAAGGAAAUGGUUAUUCAAAAAUAAGAAGGAACAAAUUUAUUUUAACCAAAACUCUAUUAAUAAUCCUAAUAAUAUGAAAAUGAAAGAAAGAACAUCUAAAACAUCAGUUCAGACAUCUAAAAGAGCAGACACUGUUUAUAUAUCCUUUGAUAAAUAUGCUUGGCUAGACAUGGAUGUGAUUGACACAACUUUCGUCGAAACGAAUGUGGAUUUUUUAAAGCAUUCUUUUUAUCAGGUAAAAAGAGAAAUUAUCGAUGACAUACGGGAGGUACUGAUAUCGAAUAUACGUGCGCACGAGCGUGUCAGCCGGUUGGACAGACGGAGAGGCAAUGUCUUUGUUCUUCGCGUAGCUCCAGCAGGGGUGGGCAGCCUCCAUCGGUAG